UUCAAAAUAACACACACGCUCUUUGUUCAGUUUUGUAUUCUUUUCUUCCGAAGCGUUCUGUCCUGCAUGCAUUAUUUAUUAUUUCUGUUAUCUACGUUUGAAAAAUUUACGAUGUUGUGAGAGGACAAUUCAAGAGGCCAGCGACCGUUGUUAGGAGGUGAGAGAAAGUAGUUUCCCCAGGGCAGUAUGGGGAACUGAAGGAAAAGUGUUUUGUUGCCGAAGUUAUAAAGCGAUGUCCAGAUUGAACAGGCCUUACUUCAACAUUUUUAAAACCCCAGAUACCUUUGCAACCGCUAUAUAACUUCGGGUCCAGGGGCAAGACUUCUGCAGGGUCUAGUCACCACUUUUGGAAUCCUCCAUGUUACCCAGGGGCAAAGACUUACCUUCGAUUCACAACUUCCGCCUCAAGUGGGUGAACCGAGCUAUGUGUAAGAGUGCUGUUUGUGGACAUAAGCAAAAAAGAAAAAAAAAUCAGUUAAAAAUACUGACUGGCCAAGGCCGAGUGCAAAUUUUAGGGCAAUGAUGUUUCAAAUGCGUAGUUCUGCUCUUUGUUGUUUUAAGAACGAAAUGGAAAAUAAAAUCUUUGUUGCCGCGACGGACACGUGUCGGUCCAUUAAGCGGCAGUGUUUCGGAAAGUCGGGCGAGUGCGUUCAGGAGCAGGGCAUCUCGCAGAUGCGUACGACAUACCCGUGGACAGGAACCUGGACACGAGCUUUGUAAGGACCGCUCACCCACCAUCUUGUCCACUGAGUGUUUAAGUGACUGUUCAGGAUGUGCGCAGAAUCGGCAGUGACGUCACCAUUGCUCAACGGCAGCCAUACGUCCAACAUGACGGCUUCCGACAUAGACAGUAUAUACUACAUAUGUGUCACUUACAUCUAUCGGGUGAUCUAUGUGGUGGGCCUGGUGGGCAACAUAUUCGCCUUCAUCGUGUGGGCGCGCUCCGGGCUGCGCGUGUCCCCCGUCACGUACUUCCAGGCCAUCUGCGUGGCCGACAGCCUCGUGCUCGUCAUGCACGCGCUGGAGACGCUGCACUCUGUGCACGUGCAGGGCGUGUGUCAGAUCGUGCACGUGCUCUUCCUGGCUGUACAGGUCUUCGCAAUCUUUCUCGUCCUGGGCCUGUCCCUUGAAAGGUUCAUCGACCUGUGCCGGCCGUUGUCAUCGGAGGCUCUAAUCACGUACUCGCGGACAGUUCGCACUAUCCUGGGGUUAGCCUGCGCUGCCCUGCUGGCCAGCAUGUUCGAGGCCUACCUGUGGCACGUGGAGCCCGGAGAGUUCGGACAGUGCGUGCUGCGCCACACCAUGUCGCAGGGCUUCAUGUGGACCUACGCCAUUCUAGUCCUCGUCGUGCUCUUCCUCUGCCCGCUCACUCUCGUCCUCGUCUUCAACGUCCUGGUGGCUACGCGGAUUCGCAAGCGGCGGAGAAACAGCUAUGCUUUCAGCGUGGCCAUGGUGCCGGACCGGCAUAAAAUGAACGUGUCCUUCAUGGUCAUCUCGCUGUAUCUCGCCGUCUGCGAGAUCGUCUACGCCUUCGUGCACAUCACGCAGUACUUUGUACCGGAGCGCCACCUGGUGGCAACUAGCGCCAACGGUGACGGGGCCGCCGUGACAUCAGCGCUGGCUUUCUCUGGGAACCGCAGCACGAUGCCGCUGACGGGCCGCUGGCACAGCUACUACAUCAAGUCGGGUCCACUCCUCAUCGUCGACGCCUGGCCUUUGACCUCCUACGCCGUUGACCUCACCAUCUUCACGCUGUGCAGCAAGACGUUCCGUAGAGCCAUCCGAGAACUGUUUCAACGCUACAAGCGGCGAAAGUCGCUCAUAAUGGGCUACCGAGAGCCUCUGCCUUACUAGGAGGCAUGGUCAUGGGGCCUUUGGUACUUGAAACACUUAAACAGCAAAUGCUGAUGAUACUACCGUUCACAAGGAAGCCAGCAUCUUCAUCCGUGACCGCGGGGCACAGGAGAGAUGUUGCAGACCUGCAAGACCUUCCACGGCAGCCUCGGGAAAAUGUAGACGAACGUUUGACCAAGUCGGGCAAAAGUUUUACAUGACGGUUACAUAGAAACUAACACUUUGCCAAGCUUGCUGGAACGUUUGCCCUGCAAUUGAGGCCUCGUUCACUUCCUGCCUGCAAAGCAUUCGAUCAGCUCUGCGUUCCAUGACCUGAAAUAGUGAGGAAGAAAUGGUGUAAUGGAUAUCACGUGACUUUGGUGGGCAAUGUUAGUGCUGACAGUAAACGAUAGCCGAUGAUGAGCUUAAGUAAGAGUGUAACACGUGAUCACAGCCUGGGACGUUUGCCAGUAGACGUUCUAUUGAAUGAUAUAAACUGACUUUACGCAAACCAAUAAAAAGGUAUUAGAAUUUUAAUAUUGAUAACAGCCAGCCAGCCAUGAAGGUUAAGUGCGUACACGCUUGGGUCACUCGACCCUAAACCACAUCACCUCAGCCAUAUCGUCCUCGCUCCAGUUACAUCGACCCCUUGCCACGACCAAAUCGUCCCUUGAAAUACCGUAUCGUUCCAAACACCGAAAGUCGAAACGAUCAUCGAUGAAUACAAAUUUACAGACAUGCAGAAAAACAUUCGCAAGUAGUAGUAGGGACAUCACACACUUCUCAAGCUGGUGUUGACAAUUAAUAAAUCAUUAUAUGUUACUAAAAGACCUGGUCAUUUAACUCGUGCCUCCUUGCAGCUUCAACUUGAUGAACUCUAGAACUGAGACAACUGGCGCGUUCUACAUGAAUUCCAUGGCAAAGAUAAUCUUCUCUUUAUUUCAUUCUCUUAUUUUAUUUUUAUUUUUAUUUUUAUUUAUUUUUAUUUUAUUAUUUUGCACCUACAGUCCAGGAAAUAGCGGUGGAGAAUGUUCGUGAACAAUCUCAAGGUUUUUCCUUACCUCAAGGUCUUCAUGCUCGUUACCUCAAAAGCAUUUUUUGCUUAAGCUCUGUUUAAAGACAAGCAAUAAUACUAGUUCCAUUCACACUCCAAGAAAGGAUAGUUUUACCCGAGGAACUCUAUGUAUUCUUUGUUGUUUUUAUUUUAGGAUUUCGGCGAUCGCGUUUGUUUAUGUGCUUUGUGUUCUGGGGUAGAUGGUUGGGGGUAGGGGUGGUCGUUCAUAGGUAGGGCGUUCACAGUUGUGCCCAUUAGUUUUUCUGCUUUAGACUCUUGGUGUAGACACCAGUACGGAGGUGGAUGGGGGAGUGGGUAGACAGAAGAAUGUUCUAGUGCCCAUGACAGCUUCACUGAUGAUAACCUCUUCGUUCCAGGACAAGCGUCUGUAUGUGUCUUUCCUUGGGAUUCAGUGCAGCUAUGCCAUCACUUGACUUUGCCAUGCCAUUUCUGGCAUCCUCAAAUGUUCCUCUAGUUUGUCUCGGCAUUUAGUUUUGUUGUCUGGUGUAAUGGGCUGCAUUUUGUGUUCAGUGUAAAUGGUUUUUAACGAUCGUACACUAUCGUCUUCGUGCAUUUACGGCGUUGUAAACGCUGUAAGCUCACGAUAUCUCAUUGUGGUCCACAGUCCACAUCUUACGUGCGUGUGUUUUUAAAUGUAUUUAAGAUUUAAGAGAAUUAAGAACGAGAAAGAAAAAAGAGAAAAAAUGUAUUUUGAGAGAGUUUUUAAAGAGAGCUUAGUACGAGAGAGACUACAGACUGUUACAUGACUCCACACACUCCUCAAGAAUAUCCGGGCUUUUGUUGACCUAUGCUUGACUGUUACUUCUCCAUCAUCUUCUCUCAUUCAUGUUCCUAGCAAUGUUCACUGUGCAUGUGUUUGUGUGAUUUUCCUUAGGAAUAAUAGUAAACAAUGCGAUGUCCUCAGUCAUACAGCAUCACUACCUACUGCCCUCUACAUCUUGUAAAACUUGUUGAGCUCGCCUACAUGUGGGGAAAUGUGCUAUAUAAAUAUAUAUCCUAUUAUUAUUAUCAGAGAUUUUAUGUGUGUGUGUGGAUGUAUCUUGAGAGUUUGUAACAAGAUAGAGAGGAGGGAGCGUGCAUGUAGACGUGGCGGAGCGCUUCAUGACUUACGAGCACGCGAUAUCGAGGGCUGAUAAUAUUAUUUACCUUCGUAAGAGUAUUAAGUACGAUCAAUAACGCCUACAGUAUGUUUCAGCCAAUCAUUCGCCUUUUCCUGCAUGUAACCCCGUUUUGUGUUGUCUGGGACGAAGACAAACAGCCCAGCCCAAAUAUUUACCUGCGAUAUCACUCACUUUCACAACUUCCCCAGUCGCUUACACAGAUAGCUGGAUGAUUUUAUCUCCCUCGCAGAUAAAAAGGAACUAGUACUCCCUUUUUUAAGUGGGUCGAGGUUGUUUAUUUUUUUGUACAGAGAGAGAUAUAUUGUAUUGCCAUUGAGAUUUACUUUUAAAACUUCAAGAGAAAAAUGUGCUUUUAUGUAGAUUCUGUCAUGCUGAUCCUAUAUCAGUUCUGUGAUCGUUUGAAAACUAGCCUCUUUAGUUUUGUUUCUUCCCAUGUUUUGCCCUUUGAAAUUAUGAACAAAAUUUAUCAAAAUCUCUCCCCAUCUCCCGCUUAUCUGUUACAAAAUCUGCGGCACAGGAUUUGUAUUUCUUCAAAUGUCAUUUUCUUGUACACAGAGGAAUUCUGGAGACGCCAGAUGCGGUGCUAUCGCCGACAAUCUGCACAACUGUGAGAGAAAAAAAAAAAAUACAAAACAAAACGAAACAAACAAAGUUUUGGCUACAAUCCCCUUUGCUGGCAAAAGAAUCUAGCUUUAGAGAAUCAAUACUCGCUCUUUGCUGUUGGAGGUCAGGGGUCGAACGUCACAGGCUGAGGUUGGUCUUGGUGUGACCAUGGACACUCUCCUCUCACUAGAGAACCACAUAAAUGCGGUCUGUAAGUCAACCUUUUCUACAGCUUCGCAGAUAUAGCGAAAUAAGACAUUUAUGAACAGUUUCUUCCAAGAAACAGCAUUUGUACUAUCCCGGCUGGACUAUUCCAAAUCCUUGUUUGUUGAGCUCCUCACCAACAUGCUCGACGAGCUUCAACAUGCCCCAGACCACACUCCCCACAUUAUCAUAAUUCGGGCUCAAAUCCGAUCUUGUGAACUAGUUGCCGGUCAGUGCCCACGUUGACUAAAAGAUGGCCUCACUCAGCCACUGCUGUCUUCACAUCCUUGACCUAGAAUAUUUGUAUGGGUUCUUAACAUCUUAACAUCAGCCCAGUAGGCUUCUCUGAUCCGAUGAUGCCGACCUCUUGCAUGUGCCAUGUAUCCGACAGUUUGAGUUGGGCGCCGCUCUUUCUCUUUCUCUUUCUCUUUCUCUAGCUCAGUGCCUGUAAUGUUUGCCAACAUCAUUUCGCAGGUACCACCUUUGAUGCCUUCAGGUGUGACAUUAAGGCCCAACGUUUUGGGGAUUACUUAAGUAGCUUGUGGCCUUCCCUUCUUUCUUUUCAUACCUUUCACUCCUGUGUGCCUGUGUGUGAGUGUAGAGGGGGGAUGGCGGCGGGCACCUUUUUGUGCGUCCGUGUGUGUGUGUGUGAGAGAGAGAGAUAUUAAGCUGAUUUAUUUUAUGUCAAAGUGCAUUGAGCUUGCUGCUGACAAGGAAACGCGCUGUCAAAAUACAUUAUUAUUAUUAGCUGGUUCGUUCCUGGAUUGAUGUCUCUUUGUGAUGUAUAAGACGUGCAUCUAUAUGUUCCCUGUUCCAAGAACAGAAACCUGAAUACAUGGCUGUCUUUGAUGGGUCAGGCAAUUCACUGACACACACUUUGGUUGUCCCUCUCUUUAUUCACUUGUACAUGGGUAAGGUUAAAGGUCAUACCUUAAUCUUUCUCGAUCUUUUCGGAAGUGAGGCUUAGAGAACACACUUUUCGGAGCCAGCUUUUGUGAGGGAGGUGCUUCGCCUCUCUUCCACCCUACUAUCUUCAAUCCUCUUUGAAGGCAGGUACCCAUUCCCAACCGUUGAGUUGACUAGGCAAGGGAUAAGUACACUGCACCACACGGGUAUCGAACCGUUAAGCCUCCGAGUUUUGAUGCCAGUGCUAGUGUUAUCCACAUGUGUAUUCUACAAAUAAGCAUGCUUUUUUUCGAUUCCCCUCUCCCCACUAACCUUCCAUUUUUGGCCGAGACCUACGCUGUGUCUGUUCAAUAACAGGCCCUUUAUCACUCACUCCUUGUUUGCCAAUACAAAUUAUGUUAUUUGCAAAAACCUCUCAAAAAAAAAAGAAAAGCUGGUCGUUCGGCUAAGACAUGAUGUCGCUAACACGAGCUACUUAACAAAUGUAAUUGACAUUUUGAAAUUAAUGCUAAAUUAAAUGCUAAUUCUUAAUUAAAAUAUGCCGUUGAAAUUAUUUCAUCGCGGGAAAUACCUUUAAAUUUAUCAAACUUUACGAUUACACGCUGCUGUAAAAAAUCUUAGCGGCGAGAAUUUAAGGGGAGAGCAGCAAGAAAAAGCCUCUUGGACAUUUUUAGAGUGUUAUCUCCCAUUCUUCUGUUCUACGUUGAUGCAAAAAGAAAAAAUUAAAAAAAAAAAAAAACCCACAUAAAAUUGUGACUUACUGCUAGUUUUAUAACAUGCCUUACGGGCGACACACAUGGUCCUUGCGGGCAUCGUGUUGGCUGCCCCUGAUCUAGUGGACAAAAGGAAUUGGAUGAUGGUAUAAUAGGUUUUUGUAUGAAGUAGUCGAGUUAGCAGUUGGCUGAGUCGUCAAGCACUCUUUCUCCAUUCUUUGUAUUUUUUUUUCUCUUAUUAUUUAUAUGCUCGUCUUUUUCAACAGUUCCCCAUUGUAGCUGUUUCAUAUCAUGCAUUUAUUACCGUCUCAUUUCUUGUGCAUUUAUAAGAUGUAAGAAUACGAUCAGUUGUUUCUUUGAAUACGCGUGUUGUUUUGUUCAAUCGUCUUUAGUUUUAUUUCAAUCUGAUAAUAAUGAGCUGAAAUAUAUGUAUGCCUCCAUGUGCUAA